GGAGGAAACGAGUCCGUGUUUCUUUCCUCGCUUUUUUCCCUUCUUCUUUUUUUACUCUUCUUCCCAUCUCCUCGUUAUUACACGUAUUACCCGUAGUAACCGCAACCGCUCGUUCGCAGUCCUUUUGCAACGCUUUUGUUUCUUCUUCCUUUUUUUCCUUUUUUGUUCUUCUUCUUCUUCUUCUUCUUUUUCUCCCCGUUCAAUCGGAGGAGAUUCGCUUCGCCACAGGGAUAAUAAUCCGUCGUCCGUUUUAACGAGGGAUUUAUAUCCGAACGUUACGUUUUCCUCCGCGCUGCAAUUACACCGAGUUGAAACGAGACUAGGUCAAGCGUCCACUUGAAAAGAACUACCGUAAUCUACGCGCUAACGAAUGGUAAUUAUUUAGGAGCACCGUUUUCAACUUCCCUGAAAACUCCGACUCUUCGACUUUUCCUCGCGUUCUACGUUUGUUUUACUUACCACUGUAAAAAAAAGAGAGAAAGAGAGAAAGGAGAGAAUGGGGAAAUUGGGAAGAUAAAUACGAGGCGUAACUGGGUCGACGUUAUUAAAAAUUCCACCAACUCGUCCGCGGGUUUUUCCCGAUACUCGGCUAUUCGCGGUCGACGCGCGGCAAAAUAUUCCUCCGGUUCCGGUCAGCUAUCAUCCAUCCCGUAGGAAUUUCGAUAUCGAAUACUGGGUCGAGCGUGGGGUGCGUCUUUCUCCGCGGGCAAAAGCAACGUCCGGAAACGUUUCGCGUGCAUCGAAUCCUCCUCCUCCUCCUCCGUUUAUCGGAUUCCUGCCGAGCGCGUAACGAUUUUCAAUCGCUCCUUUCUCUCCUCCUCCGCCGGAUUCGUCCCACGGUGCGACGCCCACGAUUUCAGCGGACGGCCGCAACGAGAGAAGAAUAGCCUCCAACGAUCUUUGCGCGUUGAUCAAUUUCCGAAUAUCCGCUGUGUAUUUUAGUCGGAUACGUCCAACUUUUAGAAAGGCAUGCAUCGAUGCUCCCCGAUCCGUGGGUCGUGGCAACUUUAAAAGAGGAGAUCACAAAGGAUUUUCCGGCUGGUCGAUGCCGUUAUUUUUAGUUGACGAUUUCUACCGCUUGGAAAUUUUCGUCGAUCGCUCCAACGAUUCGAGAAACGCAGGGAUAAUUUCUUGUUCGACGAAACGGUGGAAAAAAUUAUUUCAAUAUCCUCGGUAUAUACGUACGUAUGAUCGCGCGUGAAAUCACCUUCUCCUCGGCCGUGCCAUUCAUUAUGGAGCCUCUCUCUCUCUCUCUCUCUCUCUCCCUCUCUGCUCGUUCGACUCGAAAUGGCGGCAAGAGAUGGAAGCUUUCGUCUGCGUGUCUAUUUACGACGCACUUCGUUAGCUGUCGCGGUGGCUGCCUACGAAGCGUCUUGCGCGUGCAUUAUACGCGGCACCGAGUUAUGCACUCACGCACGUACACCACCUACUACCCCCCAUGCUGGAGCGAGCAACUAACCGACCGAGGUUGCUUGCGGCCAACGAACGAAUGGAAAUCAUUCUCGGGAAAAGAAUCGAGGAAGUGGAGCGCGAACGUAUUUCGAGAAGGGACGGUUUAUCUGGUGCGAUAUAUCGAGCCUGGGGAUGCGAGACAGGCCGUGCGUUAACCCUGGACGACACCUUUUUUUUUCUUCCCUUCUCUUUUCUCUUUUCUCUGUUUUCCUUUUGGGAAAUGGACGUCGAGCUAAAAAAGGGAAUCCUCGCGGGAACCGUGAAAAGAGAGAAUCGAGGAGAGGGCAACAAUGGGCGAACGUAACGAGAUACGAGCCGAGAGAAGAGCAUAAAGCGCGCGCGAUAACUCGAGUCCAAUCGAUAAAUUAAUUUUCCUCCCUCGCAUCUCGAGAGAAAGACAAAAGUGCGGAGAGGGAGCAUCGAUCGAUAAUGGCGCCAACUAGUUUCGAGCAGCGAUUUAUAAUUUAUUAAUAUCGAUCGAGCGGUGGUGAAGUGUACGACGUAUGUACGCACGGAACACCGUUGCAAAGCAAUACCUUCUCGAGUUACCACUAGUCGCAAUUGAAUUAACACGGGCUGAAAACGAAGCUUGGCCGGUCUAGACGCUGAGACGAGGGACAGUAUUACUCCGUGAACGUGACUGCGCAUACCGCCGUGCCGGCGGAAAAAGAGAAAGAAGCGAGCCGAACAACGAUCACCGAAAAUAACAGGUUGAACGCAGUCCUCGUGGAUCGACGACAGUGCUAAAAUUGUCCGCGGUUAAAAUAGAGAGGAUAUCAGGGGCUAAGUGAAAAAUCCACGCGUUGGAGGGAAUUGCAAUGGAAAAAAACCGACCGGGUUCUAACGAUCGGGUUUGACCCGAAAAAAAGAAGAGACGCGAAGACGUUUCCUGCGUGAAUAUUAAACGGGGGAGGGGGAGAACGGAGAGAAAGAAUACGGGCGUGAUUGAAGGCGAAGGAGGGGAGAAGAGAAAUUCGUGGAGAGGACAGGGAUGAGCGAGGGUGAGUCGAGAGGGUGAGGCACAGAGAGAAAGACCAGCGGUUGAAAGUAGGUACUUCGAAAUAUCGACCGUGUGCCACAGCCUCGGAGUUCGCCUCGGAGCAUGUGUACGUGCCGUAUACGUUUCCCGUUACCACUUCUCGCCGCUUUUCUUCUUCCCGAGUGAUGAAAAAGACCGCACCGUGGACCUCCUCCUCCUCCUCUUCUUCUUCUUCGCCUCUUCCUCUUCCUUUGCCUCUUAUCACCGCGAAAACUUUGAAAAACUUUCAUCUCUCGAGGCCCUCGCCCCAUUGCCACCGUCCCCCUUUGCCUUGGCAUCCUCUCCCCAGUGUCAAGAGAUGAUUUUCCGGGGGGAAAGUUGGAGUGAAAGUUUUUCGCGAGGGAAUUAAAACAUAGGGAUCGAACGGAAGCAUAUAUUUAUUCAACGGGAUGUUUUUAUUUUUUCUUUCUUCUUUCUUCCCUUCCAUUUGCUUAGAGAAAUCGAGCGUAAAAUGUUCAAACGCGUAUUAAUAAUUCCUCUUUUCCUCUUCUUCUUAUAUCGAAUAACGCUAACAGUGACUUGUGAAGCUGAUCGAAAAAAAAAAAGAUGACGUGGGUAGAACAAUCGAGAAAAUAUCAACGGGUUACGCUGGAAGGAAAGAGGAGAGACAGAAAGGCGGAAUGCGGAAUCUGGUAUCGCUAUCGUCUCGCUAAAUAUCACGAUCCUUUAUCCCACGAUAAUCAUCGAAGGGCAAAAAGACAAAAAGGGAAAAAAAAUGCCUGACACGAGUGUACAGGCUCGUGCGGAACACAAUAAAGUCUGCGCCCCAACCCCUGAAAUGCCAGCGUGACAAAGGGUGGUUAAGCCCUCCUUGACGAAGAUGCACCAUGCCGAGCCCCUGAUAUUCCCGUGCAGACGUCGCGACGCUGUGCAAUCGCGCCGAUUUUCAAACGUCAUCCUUCUCCCCUCCCCCCUCUUCCUUCGUUACGCGCUUCCUUUCGUUCGUACAUCCCGAUCCUCCACCUCUCUCCUCUCCAUCCGCGAGGAGGUCGAAGGAAGAAACACGGCUCGCGCGAUUGAUCUCUAACGAGACCCUCUCCCUCCCCCUUCGCGUACGCAAAUUAUCGAUCUCGCGACCCAACCUUUUUAACGGGAGAGAAAAGAACGGCCGUGGCGGCCGAACUCUCGCCAGAAGCGCGAGAGUUUCGAGGCGCGGAAGAGGCACGAGUUCCCCGCUUCUUUUCGAAUCGAGGAUGAUCGAACCCUAGUGGAGGGCGGAGCCUGGUCGAAAAUUAAAAGAAAAAUUAAAAAUUAAGACGGAGGGACGGAGCAUAGUUAACGAUCGAGGAAAGUUGUGACGGAAAUCGACGGAUCGGACGCGUUGGAGGCAUAGCCACAAAGCGAAUCGACGGCGGCAAGAUCGAGGACCGGCCUUAAAUAAACGAUGCGCGCGUGUAAACGCAGUUGAACGUUGACUUCGUUGAUAUGUCGUGGCGAUGAGCGUUAACGUGGUAUAACGUGUUCUGUGGGAAGCUAGAGAGAGAGAAAGAGAGAGAGAGAGAGAAAGAGGGCGAUGGAAGUGGAGAUCGUGGCUUGUGCGGAGAGCAACAAUGUGAACAGAUCGGGGGGUGGUGUCCCGACCCACGAAAGCAGAGUACAAAUAGUACGAAAAACACGGACGUCGCUGUUCAUUAUCAUGAGUUUCAUCUACGCGAAACUGCUGGUGGUUGUGUGCAUCGCUUACGUGAUAAGCGAGGUGGUCACGCACAAGCUGCCCCUCUACUACUACGAGGGAUUCUUCACGUACCUAUACGGUGUCAGCAUCUUAUUCCUGCUGUACGUGUUCUGCUUCCUGCUCCAAGAAAGCGCUUGCUGCUCGAGGGGCAGCGACACGCCACCCCCGCCUCCGAGGCCGCCCAAACCACCCAAGGAGCCCAAGGAAAAGAACAAGAAGAAGGAUAAGAAGGACAAGGAGCAGAAGUCGUCGAAAAACAAGAAGGAAUAUCAGGACGCAGCUGAUGUCGAGGCCGGGGUGGCCACUCGGGCGCUGAGGAAGCGGAAAACUUCGCAGAACGACCAGAGCCAUGGAAGUUUCUUCCUGAGAAUCGGAGCCAUUGCUUUCGGCCUGGGUACAAUGGUCUACAACGGUUUGGAAUUCGGCACCUUCUUCGAGGUGCCACCCACGUCGCCGUGCUACCAGAUCCUCCAAGGCGUGAAUCCGGUUCUCCAAAUGAUUUUCACCUUCAUGCAGAUGUACUUCAUCUUCAUGAACUCGAGGCUCAACAUUCAUCGCUUCAAAGUGAUCGCCCGUUUCGGUCUGAUGCACGUGGUGGCCACCAAUCUCUGCGUCUGGAUCCGUACCCUGGUGUUGGAAAGCAUCAAGGAGAUCACGAAGCAUCACCAGAAAAUGGGCCAAUUCGAGGCGGGCAUUCUUGAGAGUAUCAAACAGCACUCGAUGAGGAACGCCGGUGCCAUACUGGGAACCGCGCCCAGAGACGUGGCGCUUUUGCGCGAGGCCCCGUUAACGGCGACGAGGUCGUCGACGGUUCCAACGUCGGUCGCGAGCACCAUAGCCGCAUCGUUCGGUCGAAUGAUGAAAACUACGGCGAGGGCGAUCGCCAGGGCCGUCACGACGCCGACCUCCACCACCACCACAGGCUGGAACCCGCCGACCUCGAUGACCACUUCCACCUCGACCCCUCAGCCCAGUUUGACCACUGCCAGCACUUUGACCACUUUUCUGACCGCCCUCACGCCGAGAACCACCACCGAGGAGAGGACCACCCCGACCACUCCCGCUACGACCACCACCUCCACCACCACCGCCGCCGCCACCACCACCACCACCACCACCAACAUACCUUCCACCACCUUGUCGUACUUCGUCCAACUGUUCGACGCGCCUCAGGCGGACAACAGGGAAGAGAUACAUCAGAUCUUCGACCUGAACAAUCAAACGAACAGCAGCGAAUACUGGAGCCCGAACUUCGGCGCUUACGCGGAAGCGUUAACGGACGAGGAGAUCGCGUCGAAUUCGUGCGGGCGGGUGAAUAUCAUGGGGACGAUCGUACAGGACGCGGAGCCGUAUCUGUUCCCGUUCAUAAUCGAGUACAGCUUGAUCGGGGCGGCGGUGAUCUACGUGAUGUGGAAACACAUCGGGCGACACCCUCGUUGGCCGCACCAGGUGGAGGCCGACCUCGAGCGGCGCCUCGAGGCCAUGCUGUCUCGAAGAGCGGUCGCGCUGGCUCAUGCGGGUCACACAAGGGUGGACUGCGUAGGAGCGAGCAAAGGGCUGUUCUUCGGCCUGUUGCUGCUGGUCGGCUCGCUGAUCUGCCUGAUCCUGUUCUUCGUGCUGAUCCACCACCCGGACUUCGGCCUGGUCGCCAUUUACCUCGCGGACGUUUCGCACUGCGUCCUGAUGGUCCUCUCGAUCGUGGCCAUUAUCGUGGGAUUCAUACGGGUGCAGAGCUUGAAGUUCAAGGCCGAGGAGCAGAGCGACCUCAACGACAUCCUGCUCCGCGUGUCGGGCUUCGGCCUCUUCGUCUACGCCGUGUUCAGCGUGAUCGCCGGCUCGUUGGCCGCGUUCACCCACGAGCCUAACCUCCUCGUCAUGCUGACCGGCCUCCUCUCGGUGGCGCAGGUCAUCCUCCAGAUGCUGUUCAUAGCGGACGUGUCCCGCAGAAGGGUCCACUUGCCGGAGCACGACCGCAGCAAGCCCGGCAGGCAGGUGGUCACCUUCUUGCUCAUCUGCAACCUGACCAUGUGGGUGAUCUACACGUUCGAGUCGCAGAAAGUGAUGGCGAACCCGGUCCAGCUCGACUUCUACGGCUUCCUCGCGUGGGCCAUCGUGCAGAGGGUCACGCUUCCGCUCUGCAUCUUUCACAGGUUCCACAGCGCGGUCACGUUCGCGGAGAUAUGGAAGACGAGCUACAAGGCGCGCCUCGAUUAGGCGAGGGGAUCGUUCGUUGGAUCGUACGGAGCCCGGAGCGAUCGUCGUUCGCGGAUCGAGAAUCGAGAGAGGGAGCGAGAGUGGGACUCGGAGGGGUGACGAUGGGCAGGGGUGACCGAUCGAUGGUCGAGCAAUCAUUCGACAUAUCUUGGAGAAACGCAUUGGGGGGGCAGGUUGCGGUCUCUCUCGAAAUCUCAAAAGCGGAAUGAUCGGGGAGGUGCACAGGAGCGCGACGACGAACACGCUUGCUUCAUCACGGAUUGAGAAAAGUCGGGAGGGUGGGUGAGGAAGGCGCCAGGUGUGUGUCGAUAGUCGAGGCUUCGCGCGGAAACCGCAAAGUCGCUGCGAGAGGAUCGCGAAGCGUCGUUUUAUUUUUUUACGCGCGUUUGCAUGCAUUCGUUAGCCUCGGUUCUCUUUGCUUGAAACAGCUUGAUCGGUUGCUUCCUUGAUCGGUAACGUCGGACGGGAGAGCACGGAUCAGGAGGAAACAGGUCGGUCGAUCGAUCGAAGAAGAGGAAGAAAUGAAAUUUCGGCUAGGAAACCGGAUAACUUUGAACGGAUCGUGUUAUUCGUUAAGAAGCACAAAAAAAAAUAAUAAGGAAAGCAAGAUCUAAAAGAACACACACACACACGCGCACACGCAUACAUAGACGCAGUGUGCAACGCCACAAUCACGAAAUAGGGCCCAUUUCCUUUCACCGUGUUUCACACCUUUUACGAUCUCUAUUAUAUACUGCCGUCAAAUUUUCUACUUUUAUAUAUUAUAUAUGUAUCUUCGCCCCCCCCCCCCAUCGUGCAUCGAGAACGCUUGAGAGUUCGAUUUUCACUCUUCGUUAACCCUCGAUCGUUUUUCGAAAGAUUCGCGAGAUUUGGAGUUUGGACUCGAACGAGUCGAUAUCGGAGAAGAAAGGAUUUUUUCGAAACGUGCAACAUCGUGGCGAUCAGCGAUAUAGAGAGUGGAAUACAUGCGAAGAGUGGAAUCAUCUUCUUGAAGCGAUCACCUCAUAUUAGCGAUCAAGUACAUUCUUCGUUAGCAUGGCCCGAGAUAGUUUUAGGUAAAUAGCCGCCGUGUGAUCUCUUUCUCGCGAGAAAAACAAGGAUGGAGAGAUGAACAAUCGAAGAGAGAGAGAGAGGAGACUCGAUGCAGGAACAGGGUAAUUUCGUUGCGCCGCAAGUCGAGCGAAUUGACACGACGCUUUCUUGGUAUAUCGCGGAUGGAUAUUCGCAUUCUUUUGUUGUUCGAGCCAAGAUUGGACGAAGCUUGUCCGCUUUGUCGACCGAUUUGACGAAAGAAAAUCAAAGAGGGAGAAGAAGACGCGCCAAAAAAGAAGAAGAAGAGGGAAAGGAUUCCGACGUUCUUUCUCGUUGCGUGCUGCAAAGUACAAAAUUGUUUCUAACUUUUAGAAUCUUUUAUCGACACGACCCUUUCGACGAUCAUGCUCCAAAAGAGCGUGUAUACCGACGAAUAUCGAGGUGUGAUUCGAGUCGGAAACGAACGAAAGUGAGAGAGGGAAGAGAAGGAAAGGAUGAGAAAAGCGACGACGAUGCGCGCGGGGGAAAAAGAAUCUUGUAUAAAGGGUAAAGGUAUUUUUUUCUUUUUUUUAAAACAAACUCGAAACAUACUCGAGACAUACUCGAAGAUGUUCGAAUCACGGUAGGGAGGGGACAAUGACGAACCACGAAUGUAGAUUUUAUCGCGAGAAUAAGAGAUUAAAAAAAAGAAUUAACGAAAUAUCAUAGACGAAGUUUUAAGAUGGACGUGUAAAGGAAGAUUAUAUGACGAGAAGAUAAAAAAAAAAAAAGAAAAAAAAAUUAUAGUCGAUACACACUGGUAGUGAAUCUUACACAUACGCGUACACACACACAGUCACCAUUCACGGAAGUUUAUUAAUAAUUACCAUGGUCGAUUAGCUUUUAAUGCCAUCUCUCGGGAGAGAUCGAACGAGAUAAGUGGAACUUUCACAUUUAUAUUCGCUAUGAAUAUCGUAGAUCGUUCAAAAACACACACAUACCACGGGGAGAACACACGCGCGUUUAAAUAGUCGUUAUACAUUGAAAAAAAAAAAUCCCUCCACGGAUCCCGUGAAACUCGGAAAAGAAAAAGAAUCCAACCCUAUUUAUUUCCUAACAGGAAAAAAAAAAAAAUUAACCUGAUCGAAGUAUGUACCUAGCUCUAUUCGAGUCUAAAUAUUUUAAUUCUUAGACGUAUGUAUGUAGGUGAAAGAGAAUUAAAUGAGAGGAAACGGGGUGUGGAAAGGAGAGGGACGAAGUUGUGACACUGAUUAUACAUAAUUGUAAUCCGAGACGACAUUAUUAUUUAAAAAGUAACACGAUAUAAAUAUGAAAAAAAAAAAUUUAAAAAUAUAUUAUAUAUAUAUAUAUAUAUAGAUAGAUAGAUAUAUAUAUAUAAAUAUAAAUACAUUUAUGGAGAUCUUUUAUCGACUUCGAUGUGCGCGACUGCGAAUGGAGUGAUGCGAAUAUGUAAAUAACGAUGCACAGUAAGGUAUUGUUCAGCAGAGUGUCUGUGAAACGAAGAGCAAUUAUGUUUUGCGAGUUCUGUUCUCGAGGCAUGUUUUCGACGGAAAGAGGGUGCGUUUAUUUCCCUUAAUUAUUGUGAUCGAGCCCUCAUCAAACCUCUUCUUGAAAGUUCAAAGAAAAAAAAAAAACAAAACCUCAUCGAUAUUAUUCUUCUCGUCGACGAAUCUUUGUCAAAACGAAUGGUCCGCACCCUCUUACCCCUCGAUUCCCUCGUCACAAACCGCGAAAAAAAUUCAUAUUUGCCCAUUGAUUUCAUUAAGAAUCAAAAAGAAAAAAAAAAAAGAAAAAAAGGAAAAAAAGGGAAAAAAAAAAGAAAAAGAAGAAAAAAAGAAAGGAAAAAAAGCAAGCGUUCGUUUGAUCUUUCCUCCGCUCGAAUCCCGAAAUCUUUUCACCAACGCUCUGCGCGAGAAUCACAGCGUGUAUCGAAAGAUCGAGAGAAAGAAGGGGGAUGCGAGUCCACAGGAACGACAAUAUAACAAGUAUUCGCUAGAACGUUUACACAAAGGGGAAAAAAAAAAAAUCAUAGUUAACAAGGCACUGCCACACACAGGACCAACAAAAAUGUCGGGAAAAUGAUGAUGGAGAAGAAUGUGGGUGGGAGGGGAGAGAGGAGAGCGAGAAGGCAGGAGAGGAAAACGCGAAGAGAAGGACGAAGCAUGGAACGCGAAUAGAUGGAACCAAAAAAGAAAAUAAUUAUAAUAAUAAUUAUAAUAAUAAUUAUAAUAAUAAUAAUUAUAAUAAUAAUAAUAACGAAACGGGGAUUUUCGAGCAGAAAUGGAGAACAAGCGAAGAUAUAAUAUAAAUAACAUAUACGAAGCCAAUACCCUUCCAACGUUUAUCGAGAAUGCGUGUAUCGGAGCGAGUGAGGUAAUACGUAUGCGCGAGUGAUCGAGAGCAACGGUGCACGUGCGACACGUUUUUAUUCGGCAAACAACGUCUUUGUAUACUCUGCCCGUGUUCUAGAGAAGGACAGGAGGAUCAUGGUUCUUGUGUAUGUACAUCAGUAUCUCGAUAGUAGCCGUAAGCCUAAUCAAUGAGUCGCGGAUUCGCCGAGAAAAAUCGAUUCAACUUCGAUCGAGAGACACCGGAAUCCUCGAUUCGGGGGCCAGGAUCGGGAGAAUCGCAUGGAAUUCGUUGAGAGGAUAAUCAGAGCGAAGAAUUCACGCUUCCGUUUAAUUAUUUCGAGUAAGGAGGACGGAGGGGAACAAAGGAAGAAAGGGAAAAAGAGAGAGAAAGGAAAGAAAGAAAACCGCGAGGGGCUCGAUGCAAAGGCAAAUCCGCGACACCUCGUCAUUUAACAUUACGUAGUGAGUUUUCGAUGUCUUCGAGCAUAAUUACAGUUUGUACACAUACACAAUACGCGCGCACAACCGACAUACUCAUCACUCUAUCAGAUAGAUACGAUAAUAGGGAGGGAGGUGGCAAAUGGAAGAUUUCACGCGGACAAUGGGAUUAGAAGUAAUGUUUCAACACGCAAGACACAAAGGAUAAAGAAAAAAAAAAAAAAAUACUUCUACAAAUUACAUGUUGUCGUGUAUGCAGUUUCUUGAAGUCGAGUAGCGACGAAUACCACCGUAAACAUUCGUAAAAAUUCGCUCAUUCAUCAAUUCCCAUUUUGAUUGUAUAACGUUGACACGCCGUUUCUCAUUGUAAUCCGUUGAGGCGGCACGAUCAUCGUGUCGCCGUCAUUUGUAACAAUAUACGAUUAUAUUGGUUAAUAAAAGUUAUCUAGAUGUAA